GCCCAUGUUUCGCGUUCGGAAGCGCAUAUUGAACCCAUCCCAUGUCCAGUCCACUUCCACGAUGGCAGCGAAUAUCUGUCAGCUCCUCGAUCUAGAGUCUGAGUCGGAAGACGAGGAAAGAUCUAUUUUAAUGUAUCUAUUUAAUCGAAGAAGAACAAAAAGCGAGAAAAAUGCGUAUCUGCGAAAAAGACAAAGUCAUGGAGAGUUCAACUUAUCUAGAGAAGUUCCAGACAGCAUGUUCAAAGAGACAUUUAGAGUGAACAGAACACAGUUCAACGAAAUCCAUGAAUUGAUAAAGAACGAUAUUACGGGUAAAGAGUGCAAUGCACAAAAACCUAUUGGAAGUGAAGAAAAAGUAGCCGUAUGUCUAAGGUAUUUGGCCACUGGUGACAUGUAUAAAACUAUAGGACUGAGCUAGAGAAUGGGACAGAGAACCGUAUCGAACAUUUUUUGUCAAGUCUGUGAAGCGAUAUGGCGACGUUUACAGCCCAUUUAUAUGCCCGAACCAACGGUGGAAAUUUGGAAGAACAUUGCAUUAGAGUAUGAAAGAAAAUGGCAGUUUUAUAACUGUUUAGGAGCUGUCGAUGGGAAGCAUGUCGCCAUUCGAAAACCACUUCUGAGUGGCUCUUCUUUCUUCAACUACAAACAAUAUUUUUCUGUUGUUUUAAUGGCGACUGUCGAUGCAAAUUAUCGUUUUGC